UUCUUCUUCUUCUCCAAAUGGAUUCAACAUUUAGAGAUGAAGAUCUCGUUGAAGAGAGAGAAGAACUCAUGGUGUCUUACAGUGAGAAUAACAGUCGACCUAUCAUGAAAAAAGCUCACUUUUUAAAACCCUUUGUCACCUCCUCCAUUGAUGGGUUUCAAGGUAUGCUUCGUCCAUCUCCUUCUCCUGAGUUAAAAGCUUCGUCUUUAAGUGUUUCCUUUCGUGGGUGGAGGUUACCAAACAAAAAGUUUCAGUUUUGGGUUAAAAAAAUGGUAGCUUUACACAAACCCACUUGGUUAAAAUCUGGGAUUUUUGAAGCAAUCAAAGCAUCGACUUACAGAAUCCACAAAAAUCCGUCUUUGAUUCUCUCUCUCGCUCAGAAUUGGUGUCCUGAAACUAAUACAUUUGUGUUCCCUUGGGGUGAAGCUACCAUAACUCUUGAGGAUGUGAAUGUGCUUCUGGGUUUUUCUAUCUCUGGUUCUUCUGUUUUUGCUUCUCUUCAAAGCUCAGAGAUGAAAGAAGCAGUGGAGAAACUUCAGAAACGAUGUCAAGGGAGCAUGAAGCAGGAAUCAUGGAUUUCAAGCUUUGUAGAUGAUGAAAUGGAGCAUGAAGCGUUUCUAGUGUUGUGGCUUUCGAAAUUUGUGUUUCCAGACAAGUUUUGCAGUUCGAUUUCCAGUGAUGUUUUCCCCUUAGCUGUUCGUCUAGCUAGAGGUGAAAGGAUUGCUUUUGCUCCUGCGGUUCUAGCAAACCUAUACAAUGAUUUGGGUCAUAUCUGUGUUUUAGCCUCUAUACAAAAUGUUUUAGCUAGUUCUCUGUUUAAGCUUGUCCAAGUAUGGAUUUGGGAGAGGUUCAAGAGUAUAAGACCAGAAGCUAAGGUGAUACCAAGGGGUCAACCUAGAAUUGCUCAAUGGAGUGGUCUGAAACAGAGAUUUAAGAAUGUGGGACUGAUUAUUUUUCAUGGUAAUUUUGAUUGGCGUCCUUAUAGUGAACCUUUGGAGAAUUGGAACCCACCUCGGUUUUAUGUUGAAGAAGCUAAGUGGGUGAGGAUUGAUGAGAGUCUUGAUGGUGAUUAUGAUGACGAUGAUGAGUUUGUGUCGUUUGCUAGAUGUGUGAGAGUUUCUAAGCUUGUAGGUAUUGGUGUAGUAGAGAACUACUAUCCAAACCGAGUGGCGAUGCAAUUCGGAUUGGCGCAAGAUGUUCCUGUUUUGGGUACUAAUCAUAGAAGAAACUUCACAGAAGAAGAAGCAUGGGAUGAUUACAACAAACCGCUUGUUGGUUUAAAGCUAUAUUUUCCUUCUCGCGUCGCCACAGCUUCGGUUACUACGAGAUACAGAGACUGGUGGGCUAAAUCAGUUUCAGAAAUGCGGAAAGAAUCAAUGGAAACUUUUAAUGUAAGCAGUACAGUUGAUCAUUAUGAUGAUAGUGAUGAUGAUAUACCCCUUAAGAUAGUACCAUUGAGCCAAGUCUAUCAGAAGUUGGACGAUGAAAUGAAGAAAGCCAAGCAUUCGACAAACAAGAGACGCAAGCGAGCUCGUGAGGAUGAUGAGAGUGCUGCUGAGACAGAAGAUGACGAGAGUGCUGACACGGAAGAUGAUGAGAGUGCUGACACGGAAGAUGAUGAGAGUGCUGAGACAGAAGAUGAUGAUAACAUGACCAUUGCUCAGAGGAUCAAUUCUAGAAAGAAGUCUGAUGACAUAGAGAAUACUGAAGGAGAAAGAAGUAGACUUGUGGCGGAUAACAAUGUUUCAGGCCUUCCUCAAAAGCUUGCUUAUGGAGAUGAGACAGUAGCAACAACACAAGAAGAAACAGAGCAAAAGAAUAAUGAAAACAAGUCUUCUAAUGGAGUAGCUGCUGAGAAGGAAGAAGAUGAUGAGAGAUUGAAACAGAGAAAGCUUGCAAUAAAGGAACUAGCUUUGAAGACGGAAGCACGAAUGUUGAAGGUAGAGAACACUUUGGCAAAGAUUAAACAAUGGAAACUCACAAGACUUCACACCAAAAAACCUCUAGUUUCUUCUUAAGCUAUAUCAUCUCUAUUUGCAGCGUCUUCUCUUAUCAAAGACAAAAGCUUUGUGUCAUAAAAAUGGCUUUUACGUACAUUCUUCUCUGCAAAAAUGAUAACUUUUGGAAUUUAG